CAAAGCGAACAGGAAGUACGUCCACACACGACCUUGGAUUUCUUCUGGGCUGCUCUGAAGUAACGUUUGUGUAACAACAGCUCAACUAUGGCAAAUAAGGAACCCGCACAGGGUUUUAUGCAGCAACUGAAGCAGAUCGCUGCCAGGAUGGGGUCCGGUCCACGGGGGGCUGGUGUGGGUCUGAAGCUACUGAUCGGUGCAGGAGCUCUGGCCUACGGCGUGAAGGAAGCAACAUUCACAGUGGAGGGAGGUCAGCGCGCCAUCAUCUUCAACAGGAUCGGAGGGAUCCAGAAGGACACAGUGCUGGCUGAGGGGCUGCACUUCAGGUUUCCAUGGUUCCAGUAUCCCAUCAUCUACGACAUCAGAGCCAGGCCCAGGAAGAUCGCCUCCCUCACUGGAAGCAAAGACCUCCAGAUGGUGAACAUCGCUCUGCGCGUGCUGUCCCGCCCCCUGGCCGCCAACCUGCCCACAAUGUACCAGCAGCUGGGCACGGACUACGACGAGCGCGUCCUGCCCUCCAUCGUCAACGAGGUGCUCAAGAGCGUCGUGGCAAAGUUCAACGCAUCGCAGCUCAUCACGCAAAGAGCACAGGUGUCUCUGCUGAUCCGAAGGGACCUGUUUGAGCGGGCCAAGGACUUCAACAUCAUCCUGGACGACGUGGCCAUUACGGAGCUCAGCUUCAGCCGCGAGUACACAGCCGCUGUGGAGGCCAAGCAAGUCGCCCAGCAGGAGGCGCAGCGGGCUCAGUUCUACGUAGAGAAGGCCAAGCAGGACCAGAGGCACAAGAUCAUCCAGGCAGAAGGAGAAGCAGAGGCCGCCAAAAUGCUGGGUGAGGCCGUGACCAAGAAUCCUGGCUACCUGAAGCUCCGCAAGAUCCGCGCCGCACAGAGCAUCGCUAAGACGAUUGCCGGGUCACAGAACAAGGUCUACCUGAGUGCCGACAGCCUGGUGCUGAAUCUCAAUGACAACAACACCUUUAACAAUUUGAACUUGAGUAAGUAAGAGGAAGCCCGCCAUGAAGAAUUUGCAUUCCUAUCGGUCCGAUUGAUCUCUGCAGUACUACACAUCCUCACACAUACACACAUAUACACACUCACUAUCACACACGCGUAUAUAUUUACACACACUCACACACCAGCCAUGGUUCUGUCAGUAACUGGACUCUCCCAAUCCCUAACUGGGCUUCGAAACAGAAUGCUUUGCUCUCCCUUUUUGUUUGUUUUAUUUUAUUUAAAUUGUUGCGGUAACGGAUACGGCGUCGGCCCGGCACCGGGUCACUAGACUAUAAACGCACUUCUUCUAGAACCCGCAAACACGUGGCUGUGGCGGCAGCCUCUAGCCACGGCCCACUGUGCCGGACAAACUGACGGGCACGUCCUCCGCUUUACCGUCAAAAGAACCGAGCGACGUCCACCGAGAAGCGGGAAAGUUCGAGUUUUUCGACGGACGUCAGAAGUGACACAGAAGAAGAAACGAGUGUAAAAAAAAAAACGUCAAGGUGAAUCCGUGGCUGCUGGGACUGGGCUGCCGGGGAGCUGGUGGGGGCUGGUGGAGUUGCUCCAACUGGACGUGGGGGGUGGAGAAUGAGAUCCCGUCUGUGUCCUGGUCCGAACUCUGCGUCUCAAACCAAUAAAUGUAUUUUAUUUGGAAAACAUUCUAUCAUGCAGAUUUUUGUUUACUGCACUAAGCUGAAACGUUUAUCUGUUGAUGGAUCAAAGCUUUCAUGGAUUCUACAUCUGAGGUGUUGGUUUUGACCUUAAUCAAAUGUUCUUUUCUAGUUUGUAACACGGAAACGAUGUAAUGAAAAGUAUAACUGCGGAAUUAAACUUUGUCUUGAAGUAUGUC